CCGACGAUUGAGUAUAAAAGGGGAUCCACAAAUCCAGCUAAAGACAUGUUCUUCAUCCAGCUUCCCAGCAAAUAGGAACGAAACGAAAAUGAAGUGCCCGAUUGUUUGCAUGUUGGUGUUAUUGGCUGUGGCCAAUUCCCUGGCCCAAUACAUGAUCUACCCGGGUCUAGGCCCCAUGCUGAACCCCAUGCUACCCUUCAAUCCUCCCGUUUCCCGCCAAUGGCCAGUCAACACGCAAAUGUGGCACGCCCAGGACGAGCUGGGUAGGGCUAGUUUCGGUUACGCCUACCCUGGCCAGGCUGCCACCAAUUACCGUGACGCUGCCGGUAAUAUGGUCGGCUCAUGGAGUUACGUAAACCCAAAUGGCAAAUUGGUCGCCACUUCGUACGUCGCCGAUCACCGAGGCUUCCGCGUUCAAUCCAACGACUUGCCCGUCGCUCCCGUAGACAAUUGGGUCCCACCAGUUGUUCCAGCUGUUCCAGUUGCUCCAGUAGUUGCCCCUCCUACGAUUAAGGACGUUACCAGUGAGAUUAAACCGGCCAUCACCACUCCGAUUAAGACACCCGAUCCCGUGACUAUGAAGGAUCCUGCCGCUGUGAUCAUUGCCGACGAUUGGCAGUGUCUUCAAGCCCGUCGGAAGCGUCAAACCAACCAAGUUUCGUAUAUGGUGGCCAGCAAAGAAUCCCGCAAGAAUGAGUACCCGUUCAUGGUCGCCCUGGUCACGUACGAUGACGAUCUUACAAAGUCCGCGCACGCUUGUGGAGCCUCUUUGAUUACUUCAACCAAACUCCUGACUGCGGCUCACUGCAUAACCAAGAACGAAACAAACAUAUAUGAUCCCGACAAUUACUAUGCUCAUAUUGGCAUGCACUUCCGCACCGCCGAAUACACCGAUGCCAAAACUAUUAGGAAAAUCGUCGGCUACAAAAUUCACGAAAACUACGAUCCUUUUUCAAAGGCAAACGACAUGGCCAUUCUCACGCUGGAAUCGCCCGUGGAAUUCACCGAGACCAUCUCGCCGGUUUGCUUGCCACAAAAGUGCAUGGACGUCAAGUUCACCGGCAGGAGUGUGACGGCAAUGGGAUGGGGUCUCACCAAGGAAAAUGGCACCGUAUCCGACUACCUUCGAAGCGCUUCGUUCAACGUCAUUUCGAAAGCAAAAUGUAGCAAACAUUAUGAUGAUCUGACGGACCACAUGUUCUGCACCUACAAGGAGGGACAAGACACUUGCCAAGGAGACAGCGGCGGCCCACUGGUCACCGAUCACGGAAGCGACGGCCUCAAUUGCCGAUUCGUUCAGGUUGGAGUCGUGAGUUACGGAAAUGGUUGUGCAAGGAAAGGAGUACCCGGUGUUUACAUGAAAGUAACAUCCUUCGUUCCUUGGAUCCAGAGGAAUCUUGACUUACUUCAGUUAAUUGACUGAGAAAAGGAACAAUCGACACUUGAAAUCCGGACGCGACUGUUGAUGUCGACUUUCCAUUGAAUUGCGGCACUAAUGCAAUGUAUUGUCGUGUGUUCAAGCAACAGUCGUGGAGCAAUUCUUUUGAGUUUUUCAAGAAUUCCAACCCUAACAAAAAUUGACUUCCUUUUCGGUUUCCUUUAAUGCGAGUGCCUGAUGGAAUUUGCACGUUCUUCAUGUAAUUUUUACUAACUAUUCAGUGAUGGACAAAGAGCAAUACAUUGAAUCCCAUUUUUAAA